UUUUAUUUUUAUGCAAGAUUAACUGUAAAGUGGGUGCAAUGCGAAUGAAAAAUAACACCCCUUGCUUAUUUAAAGAAGGGAGGCCAUUCUUCGCCGGAAUAAGGACGCGCAAUCCUAACAUUGAAUUAGAAAGAAAAGGUUCCAAGAAUGUGGAAUUGGAAAUGACAAUACCCUAUGCUUCUGAAUCGAUCGUCAUUAAUGGUGUUCCAGAACCUGUUAGCGACCUGGAUAUUCAUUUGUUUUUUAAAUCAAAUCACACAUCACAUUGCAGCGGAAGCAUGACAACUAGUAAUUGUAAUAUUAAGCUUAGAAGUUUUUCCUACAAUGAGAGACACAAAUACGAAAACGGAGAAUGGAAAAAGAGCAUCACAUUCCAAGUCUUCAACCAGGACACUGACAAUUACGUCAUCAAUAGUCAAUGGACCCUUCAAACAAGAACUGGAAUUACCAAAGGAAUCGGAAGUAAAAUAUUUGAGGACGUUUCUUUGCCUGAUAUCUCGUUACGUUCUUUGGAGACAAACGAGGAAUGGAAAGGAAAAUUUUGUAGUGUUAGAGCAGAUCCACACAUGUAUACAUUUGAUGGAAAGUCUUAUGAGUGCCAUUUACCAGGAGACUUUAACAACUAUAGGAAUGAUCCCUACUUACAAUGGAUACAAUCCAGGCAUCACCUAUGCUUCCCAUCAAACAACUUUCCCAUGUGCGUUUGCGCAGUGGCAGCAAGAGCAGGCAGAGAUGUAUUCGUCAUUGAUUUUUGUGGAGCAAAUGGCGCCAUUAAAUUUGAAUUGUGUGACGACAAUGUGUUAGUGGUAAUAAAAGUCAAUGAUAAACAUUAUAAGAUUUAUUUUCCCACCGGUACAACGCUUUCAGUGUACAUUACGGAUUGGAAUGGCUAUUACAACAUUGACUUGGAAAUUAACCCUUCUUCUCUGGAUUUCGGAAAUUCUUAUGGUUUAUGUGGUUUUUUUGACGGUGUUAUAGACAAUGACGUUACAAGAAGAGACAAAACUACGACAGACAGUAUCGAAUUGACAUAUCCAAAUACUUUUUCGAAUUCAUGGAAAGUACAGGCCAGCGAGAAUCUCUUCAGUGAUAGUUUAAUAUAUCUUGGUCUGAAGUCCAUCUCCAACGUUCUAGGCUCCAAUUGCAAAUGUACCGAUAGUGGCCAAACCGAGUGCUCAUACAGGACCUUUACUCCUUGUAAUUUUGAUCAGGGUAAACGAUAUGAAUGUGACAAAAAUCAAGUUCAAAACCGACAAGAUCUAGACAUAUCGAGAAAGCCCGAGAAACCGGAUGUUGAAGAUCAACGAGUUCAAGACCGGCAACAGGAAGGCCUCGUAACUAAAAAGACCGAAGAACAGGAUGUUCACAAAGAUCAAGUUCAGAACCAAGGACAGGAAGGAGACUUGUCUAGUGAGCCCGGAGAACCGGAUGUUGACAAUCCUAAAGAACGGGAUGUUUUAAUAAACACACUUAUGACGUUCGUACAAACGAAGGAAUACGCUACGAUAGUUUGUUUGAAAGCCUUUCAAGAUUCACCUGAAUACAACACUUGUCAGAAACACGUUCCUGAUGUAGUUAACAUUACCAUCGCUAACUGUAUCGAAGAUGUAAAGAUGACUGGAGAUGAGAGUUUGAUACAGAUGCACGUUGAAGCAGCUUUGCAACAGUGUUCCAUGUUCGUUUUUUUAAAUGAAACUUUCCAGGAGUCAGAACCUGAUAUUACCUACUCAAUCCAAAACUUGUGUCCUAGCAACUGUAGCAGUCACGGUACUUGUGAGGGAGGAAACUGUACAUGUGACGCUGGCUUUGGGGGGAGCGACUGCUCCUUUGAUUUCCUCGGACCUCCCACAAUAACAAGUGUUCCCAGUGCUGGUCUGUGUGAUCUAUCUACUACAACCUGUAAAGAGGCCACCAUCUUGGGAAAAUAUUUCUUUGAAAACAUGGACUCGAUUUGUUACAUAAAUGUGCAUCAGGUUGAUGUAAACCAAUCCACAUUGAGAAGAGAAUCGACAAAAAAUACCUUAAAAGAAAGAACUUUAUUUGAGGGAUAUUGUCCCAUCCCUUUUAAUACAACUGGCAUUUGGACUACUGAAAUUAAUUUCAAGAUAUCAAAUGAUAAAUUGCGUUUUACAGACACAUAUCAGAUAUUUAUCUACCAGUCAACAUGUCAAGAAUAUCAUAAUGAUUCUGGAAAUGUUUUUUUCACUUUAAAGUCUGCCUUUUGCUACAUCGAUGGCACGUGCGUAAAUCCGAUGGAAAAAAGUAUGAUGAACAAGUGUUUGUAUUGUAAUGCUUUAAAUGAUAAAUUCAAUUGGACAGAAAAUGAAUAUUGUAGUCAUACUACACAUUCUGCAAUAGACGAUGGUACUCCUUCUUCAACCACAUAUGUCGAACUCGAAUCGACCAUACUAAUGGAAGAAUUGACAAAACGUUACCCACAAUACCACAGAUCAAUUAUUGGCACUCCAGGGAAAUCAGGAGAUGAUGAAGAAGAAUCAGAAGCCCCCGAACUAGAUACAGAUUUCUUCUUUUUAUUUUUUCUGUUUGUUUCUAAUUUUUUGCCGUUUAUAUUACUAAUAAUUUUCAUUUGUUUGUUUAAACAUCGCAAGCGGCCUCCUCAGAGGCCACAGUAGUAAUAGUUUACUUGCAUAGAUUUACGAAAAAAAAAAAAAUAGACUGGCAUAGCAAAUGCUAUAUUGUUUACAAAAGCUUGGAGUUUUGUAUUUUUUUAACAUCAAUUUAUAUUUUCCUGUAAAUAUGCAAGUUCUUUAUCCACUAAAAUCUAGUUGUUCUUUGCUGAUCAUAGGAAUCUGAA